AUGGAUUAUUGCAAAUCUGGAUCGGCCGGAUGCAGUCAUUCUUGCAUAAACGCUUUAGGAAGAGCGUUUUGCCUCUGUCCCGCGGGUUUAGAACUCGGAGAAGACUGGAAAACCUGUCAAGACAUAGAUGAAUGCGAUGACGAAGCCAUAGAAAACACAUGCGAAUUUGGAUGCGUCAAUACAAUCGGUUCGUACUAUUGUGCCAAAGAAGAAACAGAAAAUGAUAUUAAGUUAAUUCCAGAAGAUUUAAAAACUCCCGUUACUUGUUCUCCCGGGUAUCAAACCGAUCUGGAGGGAAGAUGCAUAGACAUCGAUGAGUGUAAAGAAAAUACUCAUAAUUGCUCGCAUGAUUGUAUUAACCGUCAGGGUAGCUACGAAUGUUCGUGUCCGGAUGGUUACGAUUUGAACGACGACGAAAUAACUUGCGAAGAUUACGAUGAAUGCGCGGAUGACAUGGAAGUGGAACACAAUUGCACUCAAAUAUGCAUAAACGAAAUCGGAAGUUAUCGUUGCGAAUGCAGAAACGGUUACGAAUUGCAAGAGGAUAAAACGACGUGCAUCGAUAUCGACGAGUGCGAGUUGAACGUUUGCUCGCAUAAUUGCAACAACACGAUCGGUGGAUUCAAAUGCUAUUGCCCGGAGGGAAUGGAGCUAUUGAAUAUAACGCACUGUGUGGAUAUAGAUGAAUGUCUUAAUCACCUCAACAACUGCUCACACGAUUGUAUAAAUUUAUCGGGAACUUAUGAGUGUAGAUGCCCUAGUGGAAUGGUAAUGACAAACGACACUAUUACUUGCGAAGAUGUGAACGAGUGCGAUUACAAUAACGGAAACUGCACGCAAUUAUGCAAGAACGAGGUAGGAAGUUAUAAAUGCGAAUGCCUAAAUGGUUUCAUUUUGAAAAACAAUACUGAUUGCGAAGACAUAGACGAAUGUAGCGACCGUACUUUGAAUCAUUGUUCUUUCGGGUGUAGAAAUACACCAGGAAGUUAUGUUUGCUAUUGUCCUGUUGGUUAUAUUCUAGGGAUGGAAGAUUGCGAAGACAUCGACGAAUGCUUGGAUAAUAAUGGCAACUGCUCACAUCUUUGUAUUAAUCAUCAAGGAGGUUACCAAUGCAGUUGUUCAAAGGGAUUUAAAUUAAGUCAAAACAACAAAACGUGCGAAGACGUGAACGAGUGCCUAAGCAACAAUGGAAAUUGUUCACACACGUGUAUAAAUAAAGACGGGCAUCAUGAGUGCGAUUGCGAACCGGGAUAUCGGUUACAAAAUUUAUACGAAUGUAUUGAUAUCAACGAAUGCGAAGACAAUAAUAAUAUUGACGGUGGUUGUUCAGACGUAUGCUUGAAUUUACCCGGUAGUUAUAUUUGCGAUUGUUUCGAUGGUUAUCGGUUAAGUGCCGAUAAUAAAACGUGCGAAGACAUAAACGAGUGCGCGAUCGACAAUGGGAAUUGCACCCACGAAUGCAUCAAUUUAGACGGCGGCUACGAAUGCAAAUGCCCUUUGAAUUUUAUUCACGGCGAAGGGAAUGUUUGCAUAGAAAAAGAUCCGUGCAAAGAAAAAAAUUGUGAUCAACUGUGCAAUGUAACUGACGGGAAAGCAAUUUGCAGUUGCUACGAAAAUUUCGAUCUUCAACCCGAUGGAAAAAUUUGUAAAAAGAGAAAUGACUGUUCUGCGUGUCAGCAGAAUUGUGUAAUUAAUGCAGAAGAUGGUGCUACUUGUUCAUGUAAAAAAGGUUACGUCUUGAAAAAAGACGGAGUGAGUUGCGAAGAUGUAAACGAGUGUGCGGACAAUCCGUGUUCGCACAUAUGUAAAAAUACCGAGGGAAGCUUUGAAUGUGAUUGUCCGGAAGGAUUCAAAAUGAGUGAUAUAAAUGCAAAUCAAUGCAUCGACAUAGAUGAGUGUAAAGAAUGGGAAUACGAAGCCGAUUAUUACGAUAAUACGAUCGACGACACAAAUUAUUCGGAUUUCGGACAAUUGUGCUCGCAAAUAUGUAUAAAUGUUGUAGGAGGAUUUUAUUGUAAUUGCCGCGAUGGAUACACGUUAAGUGACGACGAUAGAACUUGCGUGGAUGAUAACGAGUGCUUGAAAAAUAACGGAGGUUGUAGUGAUGUUUGUGUGAAUCUCAUCGGAGGAUACGAAUGUCUUUGUCACAAAGGAUUUAUUCUAGGUUCCGAUAAUAAAACCUGCUUGGAUGUCGACGAAUGCUCACUAAAUAAUGGAAAUUGUUCUCAUAAAUGCGAAAAUGUUAAAGGAAGUUUUAAAUGCCACUGUCGAGAUGAUUACUUAUUAGAAGACGAUGGUCGAACGUGUCGGAGGGACUGCUCUUUGAAUAACGGUUUCUGUAGUCAUACUUGCGUUUCCGUUAACGGUAAACCACACUGCGAAUGUCCCGAAGGAUACACGAUACGAAAUGAUAACGUCACAUGCGAUGACGUCGAUGAAUGCGCCUUAAAUAAUGGAGGUUGUUCGCAUACUUGCGAAAACACGGAAGGAAGUUACGAAUGCGUUUGUCCCGACGGCCACGAUCUCGUUGAACGCGAUUGCGUUUUGGUAAAUAAAUGCGAUCGAGAAAACGGAGGAUGUUCUCAUACGUGUUCAAUGCACAAUUCCACGAUCGUAGUAUGCGAAUGCCCGAACGGAUUCGAAAUGGAAUCCGAUUUCAAGACCUGCGUUUGUCCCAUCGGAUAUUCACAAAUCGAUAAAUUCGAAUGUCGCGACGACAACGAAUGCGAAAUCAAUAAUGGCGGUUGCUCUCACACGUGCAUUAAUUUAAACGGAAGCUUUGCGUGCGAAUGUCCGCCGGGAUUCAAACUCGAGAAAGAAAAAUUUUGCAUCGACGUUGACGAGUGUGCACGUUCGAACGGUAACUGUUCGCAAGUUUGCAUAAACGAAAUCGGAAGUUACCGUUGCGAUUGUUACGAGGAUUUCGAAUACGUGGAAAAUAACUGCGUAAGGAAAAAUCCAUGCGAGAAAAACAACGGAGGUUGCGAUCAGGUAUGCGACAAUUUUGACGGAGUCGCCGAGUGUUCUUGUCGCUCGGGCUUCCGUAAAAAUGAAACCAAAUGCGAAGACGUUAACGAAUGCCUAGAAGAUCACGGAUGUUUUCAUUAUUGCAAAAACACGAUCGGAUCAUACGAAUGCGAUUGCAAACCCGGUUUCAAACAAAUCGAAAAACAUUGCGAAGACAUAGACGAAUGUAAAUUAAAUAUAUGUGGCGACAAAAAAUGCAUCAACACGGUCGGAUCUUAUCACUGUAUUUGUCCACCGGGAUACGAAUUACUAGACGAAGAAUGUACAGAUGUCGACGAGUGUGCCAUUAUGAAACCUUGUUCUGGAGAAUGCAUAAACACCAUUGGCUCUUACAAAUGCAUGUGUAAAACUGGUUACUUUGAAACAAAUGGGAAAUGCAUUGAUAUCAACGAGUGUGAAAUAAACAAUGGAGGUUGCAGUUAUAAUUGUUUAAACACAGCAGGCAGUUACAGAUGUUUAUGUCCACACGGUUUUGAAAUUAAAAACCAAACUUGCGUAGACAUUGAUGAAUGCAAAUUAGACAAUGGAGGAUGCGAGCAUAUAUGCACAAAUACAAAUGGAAGCUUUUAUUGUUCUUGCAAAAUGCAUUAUAAUCUUCAGGAGGAUAAACAAUCGUGCAAAAUUCAUGGAAAAUUUUGCGAUAAAUUAAAACCUCCACUCUUUGGAGAAGUUAAAUGUCCGAGAGUUCAAAAUUUAGCAGCCGAAUUUCCACCUGGAAGCGAAUGUUACAUAAAGUGUUACAAAGGUUAUAAAUUCGAUGGUGAUACCCUGAGAGUUUGCAAUGCAGAUGGACAAUGGACUGGAAGAAGUGGAGAAUGCAUUCCAUUACCCUGUCCAAAAUUGAAACCACCCGAAAAUGGUCAUUUCAUACCAUCAUCAUGUAGCACUGGGAAAAGUCCACCUUCACAUCAUUGCAUACUUGCUUGUCACAAAGGUUAUCACGUGCAAGGGCGAGCAGUACUCACGUGCCUUAAUUCACAACAAUGGAAUAGGCCUGUGCCUAAAUGUGGUAAAGGUAAGAAGAAGCUUUAUAAAUUUUAA